AAGAUCUGACCGGCAUCAAGAGGUUGAUGCAAACCCCUAAAGAAAAGGGAGAGCCGGUGGAAGAUCUGACUGGCAUCAAGAGGUUGAUGAGGACCCCUAAAGAAAAGGGAGGGUCAGUAGAAGAUCUGACUGGCAUCAAGAGGUUGAUGCGGACUCCUAAGGAAAAGGGAGAGCCGGUGGAAGAUCUGACCGGCAUCAAGAGGUUGAUGCAGACCCCUAAAGAAAAGGGAGAGCCGGUGGAAGAUCUGACCGGCAUCAAGAGGUUGAUGCAGACCCCUAAAGAAAAGGGAGAGCCAGUGGAAGAUCUGACUGGCAUCAAGAGGUUGAUGCGGACCCCUAAAGAAAAGGGAGAGCCGGUGGAAGAUCUGACCGGCAUCAAGAGGUUGAUGCGGACCCCUAAGGAAAAGGGAGAGCUGGUCGAAGAUCUGACUGGCAUCAAGAGGUUGAUGAGGACCCCUAAAGAAAAGGGAGAGUCUGUCGAAGAUCUGACUGGCAUCAAGAGAUUGAUGCGGGCCCCUAAAGAAAAGGGAGGGUCAGUAGAAGAUCUGACCGGCAUCAAGAGAUUGAUGCGUACCCCUAAACAAAAGGGAGGGUCAGUAGAAGAUCUGACUGGCAUCAAAAGAUUGAUGCAGACCCCUAAAGAAAAGGGAGAAAUAGAAAAAAAUCUUACAAAUGUUCCAGCAUUUAUGGAGACUUCAAAAAAUAAUAUAUCCAGCACGCACACUAUUAGGCAGAAUAAUCCAAAAGAAGUAACUGAUAGAGAUUCAGUAGUCUCAGAAAUAUUACAUGAAAUAGAGAUACUCAGAAGACCAGCAAUAAAAGGUGUCAGUGCUUCAAAUCAAGAAAAUCAAACAAUAGAAAAAACACCAGAGCUGCUACGGGAAGUCCCAGCUCAGGAUAAAUCAGUGGACCGAUGCCAAAGGCAAAUUUGCUUUAAUCCUUCUGAAGGUGGUGAAUAUCAUAAUGAUUUGUCUAACGUGGCAAAUGACAUAUUCCGUGAGAGAGAAGAGGAGAAAGUUAAAGAUGUCAUUGAGAAUCAAAGAACAAUAACUUUAAGAUCCAGAAGCAAAAUCAAAUCCGAUAAAGAACCAGAAGGAUCAGUGCGUUUGUUUCAUUCAACAAGGGUACGCAUAAAGAAUACUGAAAAAAUUGUGAAGACCCCCUGGGAAGAAAACAUGAAGGAAAGAGUUGAGCAAUCCAGUAAUUUGUCCCAGAGCUCUAAGAUUAAACCCUCAGAGGAGGAAAAGAAGGAAACACUGGAGGGUUUACAUGGAAAAUUUGGGGACAUGAGUGGGAAUAAGGAAAGAAUGGCACCUUUCCAACUUAGAAAAAAUCAGGCCAGGAGGGAAGUAACAAGUUCUACUUCAUCAGUGAUAUCAGAUGUGGAGAACUCUGAAAAAAGAGGAAUUAUGGGUGCUUUAAGAUCUAGAAACAGAAAUAAAGUAGAUACAGAAUGGCAAGAACCUAGUAGUCCUGUUAGUGAUGAUAUAUCCCACACAGUGAGAGAUGAAAAGCCUAUGAAGGUGGUCUUAAAGGAGAAGAAAUUGAAAACGCAAAUUAUGGCUAGUGGGAUAUCUUUGAGAUCUAGAAAGAAAGAAGAUAAGGAAAUGUUAAGUUUUGAUCAUUUGACUCCUGAUUCAGAUAUAGCUUACACAGAUGAAGAAAAGGAGUCUGUCAAAAGCUUGCCAGAAAAGUUAAAAGGACAGAGAGUAGUACUAUUAGAUUCUAGAAACAGAAAUAAUAAUGUUAGAGAAAUUAAUGAACAUGAUAGUUUAUCAAGUGAAUCACCUACAGGAAAUGAUGAAAAAUCUGCAAUUGUGAAUGAAGAUAAGGUUGCUUUAAGAACCAGAAGUAGAAACAAGAAUAAAGUUUAUGAGGAAAAGCAAGAAUCAAUUACAACAGAUACAUCAUGCAUAGAGAAUAAGGGGGGGAAAGCUAAUGGGUUGCAGGUCCAGUGGAAUACUACAUUUUUAAGAACUCAAAACAGAAUUAAAGCUACUAAGGAAUCACAAGAACCUGAUUCCUUGCCUAAUGAAGCAGGUAAACCUCAUACAGAAGAUUAUGAAAAGACAUCUGGGAAGGGGAAGUUUGCUGCCUUCCAGGAGAAGUCAAAAAGUGUAGGUCCAAGUAAAGGGAUAACAAGAAAUAGAAGUAAAAUGGAUAAGGAAUCUGAAGGAUCUAUAGCUUCAUCUAGAGACACAGAGAUGAAUAAGCCUGUGAAGAGCUUCCAGGAGAACUCAAUUAAUGAAACAAUUAUGUCUUUAAGAUCACAAAGUAAGAAAAAAGAUACGGAACCACCAUUAAGUUACAUGACAAAGAUCAUGAGUAUACCAAACAAUGAAAAGAUGCCUGGGAAAAGUCUCCCAGAGAAAAAAUUGAAAGAGAGCCCAUUAAGUCAAGACAAGGUGUCUUUACGCCCUAGAACUGUUAAGUUUGAAAAACUUUACCCAAAGGAUGAAAAAAACCUUGGUAAAGACCACAAUUUAAGUGAUACAACAGGAAGUGGAGGGAUGUCUUUACGGUCUAGAAAUAAAAAUAAGAUGGAGACAGGACUAAGAGGAUCUAAUCCUGUAACAACAUCAGAAAAAGAUGCCCAGAAAUCCAUAAAUACUUCCUCUAGGAUGCUUAAAAACUCAGUGAUACCUCAUGAAACUGUAGGUAGAAGCAGAAACAAAAUUGGACCACAAGAAUCUUGUCGUUUACCUAGUGCCACAGAGGUGGUAUUAGUCGAAGAAGACAAAAAGACACUUUCGCAGAAAAACCUGGAAAAGAAACUCAGUCUCCAAGUGGGACGACUUGAUCCUCUUAAAACUGGAAACAGAAAUAAAGCUGGUCAAGAACUGCAUAGCUUGCAUAAUGUAACUGCGAUGACUGCCACUGAAGAGAAUAAGGAAAAAAUGGAGAAGAUCCUGAAGGAUCAAACUGUGGCUAAAGACCUGGUCUCCAGAAGGCCCAGGCUUACAAUUAAGAACAAUAAAGAAGUGAAAGAAUCAAUGGGGAAGGAUGAAAAAGAAAACGUUGCCCAGAUUUUCCCCAAAAGAGGGAUAGAUCGAGUAUCUUUACGAACUAGCCUGAGAAAUAAAAGUGACACUGACCUGCAAAAAUCAUCUAAUCUUAACAAAAAGGAUCCAUCCACUGAUGCAAAGACCACAACAGGAAAAGCCCAAAAUGGGAAGCACAUUAAUAUUGCCUUUUUAGAAAAUAAAAAAGGAAAUUCAAGAAUAUCAUCUAACAUCAAAGAACCAACCAACAGCAUUCAAGAAGGUCAUUUCGUAAAACUUAGUCAAGUGCCAGACAAGACAUUCAAAGUGAUUCUAACCUCAGCGAAAGACACUCAAUCUGAGCCCACUUUACUGAGAGAAAGAAGCACACUAUUAAAAAGCACAAGCCAGACUCAGAAAGGUAACGAUACUAACUCACAGGAAAGAACUCUUCGUUUUAGAAGAAAAUGCACCGUCAAGGAGACGGAAGUGUUAACUGCAAGUUCUAAGCAGAGCCAUAUCAACCCAAAACUAACGAAGAACAUUAAAGCCUAA